CUUUUGUACCUGGGAGAAGGCAAAAUACAGGACAAGAACCUCCCACACCGCACCAAGUUGACAGAAAUGAUCCUUCAAGAGUUUCGAACGGAAUACUGUAAAGUGAGAAAUGAUCUUAAGAAUGCUCUCGGUCGCAUAUCCCAUACUACUGACCUUUGGAGUGACCCAAACCUAGACAGUUUUAUGGCGCUAACAGCACAUUUCAUGGCGCGUGAU